GGGAUAGAUCCGAGUGACGCUACUUGCUGCCGGGGUAACGGAGUUUUGGGGUUGUAUGGAAUGUUGCCGGCGGAGUGGUAACUCCCGCCAUUUUUCAACCAGAUUUUCGCCUCCUUGUUUGUUUUCAUUGCCUGUACAAAACUACCGAGCGAUAUCUCUGUGUACGCAUCGCCAAGGACGAACACUUUCCUUGCAGGAAAUUCAAGUCCAGACUGGAAGAACGCACCCAGCCAGUCCCCCUUGUCGAGCACAUCAGCUGUCUCCUGCAAGUGCUACAUUCUGGAGGACAACAUCCCCGACAACGAAGAAGUUUUCACCGCAAGGAGAGAGUUGACUUAGCGAGUUUAACUGUCAAGUUGGAGGAAUCGCAACUCGCGAGCGCUCCUGUAUGGACUAUGACACCAUCUCCGGCUAACGGGAGGCGAUGUGACUAACCGUGUGCUUCGUAUUUGUACCGAGGAUCAGACAAACUACUGACUACAUUAGAUGCCCUGGAUAAGUGCGUAGUGCUGUGAUAUAUGUACUGCACGCGCCUACAGUACACAUUAAGGAUAUUUGUGGAGCUUCGAGCAAGUAGGAGGUGUAUUUGUUCUAAGUCGUGACACCGCUCGCGUGCCGAUCUCACGAUGGCACCGCUUCUGGGCCGGAAACCGUACCCACUCGUUAAGCCGCUGACCGAGCCGCCAGGCCCGGGGGAAGAAGUCUACACCGUCGAGCACACCAAAGAGGCCUUCAGGAACAAAGAAGAGUACGAGGCGCGGCUGCAGUCCUACGGGGAGCGGAUCUGGACAUGUAGAAGCACCGGCAGCGGACAGCUCACACACCGGGAGGCCUGGGACGAGGAGCAGGAGGUCACCGCGCUGCUCCAGGAGGAGUACCCACUGUGGUUUGAGAAGCCGGUUCUGGAGAUUGUGCACCACAACACCAUCUCCCUGGAUAAGCUGGUGGUGCAGGCCUGGGUGGAGAUCCUCACCAAGUAUGCUGUGGGGGAGGAGUGUGACUAUUGGGUGGGGGACGAGGCCACGAGGGUGCGGGUGCUGAAGGUGCACCCCCUGGAGACCCCAGAGCAGGGGGGGGCCUGCGACUCCCCCUCCAGCGAUAAGGAGAACACCGCGCAGGAGAACCAGAGGAAGGAGGCGCAGCCCAAAGAGGAGGAGGGCCGGCGGGGCAGCCUCCGUGAGUGGGCACGGCGCUCCCCCAGGAAGCCUCCCGCCAGCCAGAAGGGGGAGAAGAAGAAGUGGGAGAUUCCAAAAUUCCUGCCGCACAAGUACGACCUCCAGGCUAUGGAAGAGGAGAAGACCAUCUGUAGCGUUCCUGCCGAAAGCCUGUUCCGCACGGAGCGCCCUCCCACCAAGGAGAUACUGCGCUACUUCAUCAGGCACAACGCUUUGCGGCUGGGCUGUGGAGACAGCGCCCCCUGGCUGGUGGAGGAUGAACUGGUGAUAAAGUACAGCCUGCCCAGCAAACUCAGCAAUUUCCUAAUCAACCAACACAAGCACAUGGCAGAUAACCCCUCAGCCAAACGCAAGAGCGUUUCGGAGGGGAGGCCGGCCAAGAAGCUGAAGACGGCGGAUGAAGAGGAUGAGGAGGAGGAGGCCGAUAAGAAGAGCCACAUGCAGUCGAAGAAGGUGAAUGGUACCCCCCUAAAGGUGAAGAGAGUGCGGGGGGAUGCGGCCAACAGUAAAACCGCCAAAAAGACCCGCAAGGGCACAGCCAAGGGUGAGAAGGUGACCGCCAAAGGCACCAAGACCAAGCCGCUGGACCUGGCAAACGGGGGCGUCUCUCCCACCAGCCCCAGGAAGAGUGGCCGCAGGAAGUCUCUGCCCCCUGCGGCGCUGAACCUCAUCCGCUACUACGAGAAGCUCAAGAGAGGGGAGGAGCCCAGGUACAAGCUCUCCCCCCUGGUCACCAGUGCCGCCAAGGCCCUGAGCGCGCAGGCCCGCGCCAGCCUCCCGGAGGAGGUGCAGCAGCUGGUGCAGCGGCGCUGGGAGGCCCUGGAGCAGAAGAAGAUGUUGGCAGCCAUGGGCGAGGAGGAGCGGCGGGAGGUCUUGUGCAGGAAGAAGGCAGAGAUGCGGGAGAAAAUCCGGGAGCGGGCGAGGGAGCGGGCGAGGGAGCGGCGGCAGCAGGAGCGGCGGCAGCAGGAGCGGCGGUUCGAGGACCAGGAACUGGAGGGCCAGGGUCUGCCCGCGUUCCGGCUGGUGGACACGCCCGAGGGGCUGCCCAAUGCCCUGUUUGGCGACGUCGCCAUGGUAACCGACUUCCUCAACUGCUACUCCGACCUGCUCAUGCCCGAUGACCGGCACCCCAUCGUGGCCGGGGCACUGAUGGAGGCACUGGUAGGCAAUGGUGCGGGGUUCCUCUACCUCAGCCGCGUCCUGGUCAUCCUGCUCCAGACACUGCUCCAGGACGAGCUGGCCGAGGGCUACAGCGAGCUGGACACCUCGCUGUCGGAGCUCCCGCUCACCACGCACUCCGUCUCCGAGCUGGCGCGGCUGUGCCUGCGGCCCUGCGACGCCCAGGGCGAGGAGAGUGAGGCCGAGGGCCGGGCCCAGGGUGGCUACGACGACGUGCUGAGCGCCGAGUUCCUGGGGAAGCUGGAGACGUCGGAGAUCUUCGAGCUGUCGCCCGCGGAGAAGGUGGGCCUGCUGGUGGCGCUGUGCCACCGCAUCCUGAUGACGUACUCGGCCGACGACCACGUGGAGGCUGUGCAGCAGCGCACCACGCAGCUGUGGAAGGACCGCGUGGCCACGCUGAAGGCCGCCAACGACCGCAAGCGCGCCGAGAAACGCCAGCGGCAGAGAGGGCCGGAGGCCCCGGGGGGUGCGGGCCAGAGGCGCUGGGUCAAGGUGGAUGUGGAGGGUGGUGCUGAGGUCACCCCGGUGGCCAGUGAACCCAGGCUGCAGCUGGUCAGGGUCAGGCCCCAGAACGAGGGCACCUUCAGCUGCAUGAGGAGCCCCAGGCUCCAGGCCAAGAAGGAGGAGGAGGAAAAGCAGGAGAGACCGAGCCUGGAGUGUGUGGGAAAGGAGGCGGAUUUGGGGUCGAUUCAGGAGCAGAAGGACUCAGCAGAGAGGCUGUUCCAGGCGGGAAUCGCCAAGGCCAGACUGGUCAUCAGACGCCUUCCACUGGGAACAGACCGCAACCACAACAGGUACUGGUUGUUCUCGGACGAGGUGCCCGGGCUAUACAUAGAGAAGGGUUGGGUGCACGAGAGUGUGGACUACCACUUCACUCUUCCUCCUGAAGAAGAUGAAGAGGAGGGGGAGGAUGAAGAGGCUGAGGCUGAGGAUGAUGACGAACUGGAGAAGGUUGAGUCUGGUUCGGAGGGUACGCGGGCUGAGAAUGGCCACCAGGGGGCUCUGUCAGCUGCAGAAAGCAUGGAGACCACCAUCCCCAACGUGGGACAGAACCUCUGGUGUGUGUGCGACACGGAGGAGCAGUUGGAGGAGUUGAUGGAGAGUCUGCACACUCGGGGUGUUAGAGAGGGGGAGCUCAAGACGCAGAUCCAGGGCAGGUAUGAGGAGAUCCUCCACUCCAUGCGUGUGGCCCGGCAGCCGGUCCUGCAGCUCAAGUCCUGCGACAGGCAGCUGGAGUUGAUUGGCUUCCUGCGCAGUGACAUCAUGGAGGUGGCAUCCCGCCUGCAGAAGGGGGGGCUGGGAUACGUGGGUGACAUCACCGAGUUCGAGGAGAAGGUGUGCUCUCUGGAAAAGCUGCAGGACUUCGGGGAGUGUGUGAUCGCCCUGCAGGCUGUGGUGCUGAAGAAGUACCUGCAGGGCUUCAUGGCCCCAAAACAGAAGAAGAAGAAGAAGAAGCAGGGGGUGGAGGAGGCCAAGCCUGAGGAGGUGGACGAGGAGAAGAGGCUGGCUGCUGAGGCCAAGGUGGCGACGGCGGUGGAGCGCUGGCGGACGGCGGUUCGCGAGGUGCAGACAUUCUCACGCAUGCACGUGCUGCUCGGCAUGCUCGACGCCUGCAUCAAGUGGGACAUGUCCGCCGAGAACACCUGCUGCAAGGUGUGCCGCAAGAGAGGGCAGGAUGAUAAGCUGGCUCUGUGUGAUGACUGUAACCGGCCGUACCACCUGUUCUGCCUGCGACCUGCGCUCUACUCCAUCCCCCAGGGACACUGGCAGUGCCCGGCCUGCCAGCCCACCACCCGCAACCGCUCCUCCAGAUCCAGGACGUGCACGGAUGAAGAGGUGACGGAAAAGAAUUCCUGGGAGGAAGAGUCGGAUGACAAUGACGAUGAUGAAGAGGACAAGGAGUACCAUCCGCCUAUGAAGUUGACACUCCAGACGAGGCCCAAGGUGAAGGCGAGUGGCACAAUGGCUGCCAGGAAGCAGCCCCCGCCCAACCCCAGGAGCGGCAAGUCGAGGGUCGUCCCUAGCAACCCCGCCAACAUCGACGAGCUGGUGCGUCAGUGUUCCGGCUCCGCCCCGCGCAGGUUGGUGGUGGAGUUGGCGAAGUGUGAGGAGAUCCUGCAGAAGCUGCUCAAGUUCCGCCCCAGCUGGCCCUUCCGAGAUCCCGUUUCUCCUGAGGAAGCUGAGGUCUACCUGGAGGUUGUCUCCAACCCCAUGGACUUCCAAACCAUACUGACCAAGUUCUCCAGCAGCCAGUACCGGCAGCCCAGCGACUUCGUGGAGGACGUGAAGCUGGUCUUCUCCAACGCCGAGCUGUACCACCAGCCGGACAGUGAUGUGGCGGCCUGCCUGGCCAAGACGGAGCGGAGCUUCACCGACCUGCUGCACAAGCUGCUGCCCGGCGUGGCCUACCUCCGCCGCAGACACCGCCGACGGCCUGAGGCAGGUGAGGAGAAGGAGGAGAGGAACUCGAGGCUGAGGAGGAGCAAUGGUUCUGCAAAGGGCCGGUAUGUGGUGCUGGAGGAAGAUGGGGGGGGGGAGGAGGAAGAGGACCAGCCAGUGCACAGGCCCCGGGGCAGGCCCAGGAUGCGAGAGGAGGAGGUGGAUGAAGAGGAGGUGGAGGAGGAAGAGGAGGAGGAAAUGAGUGAUGAGAGGAAGUUCAGGCCUCGCAGGCGCAGUGGAUCUGCAAAGCGCCGGUAUGUGGUGCAGGAGGAAGAGCAGGAGGAGGAAGAGGAAAAGGAGGAGCGGCCGGCAGCCAGGAGGCGAGGCAGACCCAGGAAGUUGCAGCAGGGCCGGCGCAAUGGUGCUGCGAAGAGGCGGUACGAGGAGGAGGAGGAGGAGGAGGAGGAGGAGGAAGGUGAAGACCCCAGUCUCAGAAGGAGCCGGCGAGCGGGGAGCGCCAGGUCUGCCCGGAAGGACUACCGCGAGCAGGAGAGCGAGGAAGAGGAGGAGAAGCUGGAGGUGCGGCGGAAGUUCAAGAAGCGGGGCCGGUCCAGGAAGGUAGUGAGAGAGGAAGAGGAGGAUGAGGAGGGAGGUGAGGAGGAGGAGGAAGAGGAGCUGGUGGUGCCGCGGAAGUCCAUGGGGAGGGGCAGGCCUAGGAAGGUAGUGAGAGAGGAAGACGAGGAUGAGGUAGAAUAUGAGGAAGAGCAGCAGGCACCCAGGAAGCGGGGCAGGCCCAGGAAGGUAGCGAGAGAGGAAGAGGAGGAUGAGGAAGAAUAUGAGGAAGAGCAGCAGACACCCAGGAAGCGGGGCAGGCCCAGGAAGGUAGCGAGAGCGGAAGAGGAGGAUGAGGAAGUAUAUGAGGAAGAGCAGCAGGCACCCAGGAAGCGGGGCAGGCCCAGGAAGGUAGCGAGAGAGCAAGAGAAAGAGGAGGAAGAGGAGGAAGAGGGAGGUGAGGAGGAGGAGGAAGGUGGGGAGGGGGAAAGCAGAUCCCUGCCCCACAGGACCGGAGAGGGGGCCAAAACCAAACGGCAAAAACUCUCUGUAUGAACCCCCCCCC